GUAAAAAAUCAAUUUUGCUGAAAAUUUGUUAAGAAAAUUAAGAGUGACGAACUUUUCCCCUCUCUCUCUCACAACGGCGGCAAGAGGCCCAAGGCGGAGGAGCUCUUCCUCUCCUUCUCCUCAGUCAAGCCAAUCCUUCUCUCUCGUUAUCGGCCAGUGUUUAAACUUUAAAGACUACUGAUACAAUAUGGUUAAUGCAACCAAAGGACUGUUCAUUACAUGUGACAUACCUAUGGCACAAUUCAUAAUCAAUAUGAACGCUGCCCUGCCUGCAUCGCAGAAGUUUAUAAUACAUGUUUUGGAUAACGCUCAUCUCUUUGUGCAACCCCAUGCAGCUGAAAUGAUUAGAAGUGCUAUUGCAGAGUUUAGAGACCAGAACUCAUAUGAGAAGCCCAACUAAACAUUGUUGUUUAGUAAUCCAAGCAAGCAUUAGUCUCUUUUCUUUUAAUACUUUAUGGUCCAACUGGGAUUAGAUAAAAAAAAACAUAGUGAAUAAUUUGAUUAAUUGUUAAUAAUAAAUUAUGAGAAAAACAAGUUAGAUGUAAAAUUAUAUAUAUAUAUAUAUAUAUCCUACUAAUAUACUAAGCAUAGAUGUAAUGAUCUUUUGUGUUAUUGCCAAUGCUAUCCUAAAAAAUUA